AUUGAUAGACCUCCUGUCCCUCGCAUUUCCUUUUUCCCUCCCCUCUCAUACGAUAUCUCUUUCUGACCCCAAAUUUGACCUUUCAUAGUAAGAGGUCAGUAUGUUUUCACACUUGGGAAAUCUCAUUCAAGAAUUCUUGUCAAUGGACAAGUCAUAAGAAGCCCUUCCAUUUUAGGGCUCGUUGACGUCACCAAGGAGGCGAUAAAUAUCUGUUGAUAUAAUUGGAUGUGAGAUUCAGUGUUGAGAUAGCAAAACUCUGCCCCUCGUUCUCUGGCAGGGCCCUAUGAUUUAUGCAGGAGCAGAGGCAGCACGCAAUCGAGCUGUCAAGAGAGCGUCAGCUUAUUAGGCAAAUGCUGCGUGGUUUCUGAAGAGGGUCGACGCUAUAAAAUCCCACUCCAGGCUCUGGUGUGGAGAAACUCAGAGCCCAAGUCCGUUUAGAGACUGAAGAGAAAGAUAAGAGGUGAAGAAAAGAGAGUGAGGACAGAAAGGAGAGGGAAGAAAACCCCUGAAAAAGCCCGGAGACGUUCCUCUGCAGAGAGGCGGCAGCGCCCCACUCACCUGCAGAAGCACCUCAGAAGCGAGCGCCCCUAACAUGCGGCUGCCGCUUCUCCUGUCCGCGGGCGUCCUGCUGGUGGCUCUCCUGCCCUGCCCGCCAUGCAGGGCCCUCGUCAGCCGGGGGCCCAUCCCCGGCGCCCGGCAGGUGCCGCAGCACCCCCAGCCCAUGGAUUUCUUUCAGCUGCCGCCGCAGCCCCAACAGCCCCAACAGCCGCAGGCUCGACCCGUCCUGCUCCGCAUGGGGGAGGAAUAUUUCCUCCGCCUGGGUAACCUCAACAAGAGCCCCGCUGCGCCCCUCUUGCCCGCCUCUUCACCUGUAGCUGGCGGCAGCGGCAGCCGCCUUUCGCCGGACGAGGCGGCCGCCAACUUUUUCCGCGCGUUGCUGCAGCAGCUGUCGCUGCCCCGGCGCCCGCUCGACAGCCCCGCAGGUCCCGCCGAGCGCGGAGCAGAGAACGCCGUUGGCAGCCGCCAAGAGACACCGGAGAGGGAGAGGCGGUCUGAGGAACCUCCCAUCUCGCUGGAUCUCACCUUCCACCUCCUCCGAGAAGUCUUGGAAAUGGCCAGGGCCGAACAGUUAGCGCAGCAAGCUCACAGCAACAGGAAACUGAUGGAGAUUAUUGGGAAAUAAAACGGUGCGUUUGGCCAAAAAGAUGCAGCAUUUAGCACAAAAAAAUUUAAAAAAAAUACAGUAUUCCGUACCAUAGCGUUGCUCUGAUACCAUUUGUUUAUUUUUUUAUAGCUUGAAGCCUAGACGAUAUACAGCAAGAGAGCCUAUACUUAAUUAGCAUGCACAAAGUGUAUUCACGUGCAGUAACAGCAACAAAAUGUUAUUUGUAUUGUCUACUUUUAGUUUCCAUUUCCAGGUGUCUUUAAUAGUAUUUAGAAAGUGUAGACCCAGAAGGAAAUGUUUUGAAGCAGACAGAAGUCACCCAAUUUAUUUUGUUGUGGUCUGAGCCAAAGAGAAUGUCACUCUCUUGGGUGGGUGAAACAAAAUCUGUAAGCUCUUUGAAUCAACCUUUCCUUGUAAACGUUUCAGUAAUAAAACAUCUUUCCCAAUCCUUGGUCCAUUUGGUUGUGUAAAAGAAUGUUGAAUAUUUAUAUUUUUAAUAAAAGCUGCAAAGGUAAUCAUG